AUGGCCCUGGGACCCCCCCAGAACUCCUGCACCUGGAGGGGGGUGGGGGAGGGGUCGCACCCUCGGGGUCACCUGGAGGUGAAUUUGGGGUCCCCCAGGUGCGACCCCCGGCAGGAAUUUGAGCUCAGACCCGGCGAGUUCGACAUCGUCCUGUGCGCCGACGUCACCGAGGCCAACGGCCCCUCCGGGGGGGUCCCGGCCCUGCUCCGCUCCCGGGGGGUCCCGGUGCUGCUGCGGCGCCUCCACGUCGGCGACUUCCUGUGGGUGGCACGAGAGAAGGACCCGCCCACAGGCCACGCCCCCCGGGAGCUGGCGCUGGACGUGGUGGUGGAGCGGAAAUCGGCGGCGGAUCUGGGGAACAGCAUCAGGGACGGGCGGUACCGCGAGCAGAAGGUGGGCCGGGGCACUGGGAGGGACUGGG